AUGUCUGAUCAAGAACCAAUGCAAACCAAUUUUUGUGCCGAAAAACGUUUUUCUUCUUCAUAUGAUGCAUUAAAUACCAUGCGAAGAAAAAGUCAGUUUUGCGAUGUGACAUUUGUAGUUGGAGAAAAAAAAAUGGCAGCUCACAAAGUUAUACUGGCUUCUCACAGUAAUUAUUUUGAUAAAAUGUUUACUGGAAAUUUCAAAGAUACUAAUUGGUUGGAGUUAAAAAAUGUAGAGAUCACUCCUGAUUCACUUGAGCUAUUAUUGGAUUUUCUAUAUACAUCACAACUAACAAUAAAUGAUUCUAAUGUGCAGGAUUUAUUGAUAGCAUCAAACUUUUUAUUGCUCAACGAUGUGAAAAAGGAAUGUUUAAAUUAUAUAGAACAAACAAUUGAUAUUGAAAACUAUAUGACUAUAAAAUGUAUUGCCGAUAAAAAUAAAAUAAGAGAACUACAUGAAUUAUUUUUGUCAUAUAUACUAAAAAAUUAUAAUAACAUUGUUGAAUCAAAUACAUUUUUAACUUUUUCGUUUGAAUUGAUGAUGGAACUUCUUCAGAGUGACGACUUGUGUGCAGAAGAAGAAAAGGUUUACGAAUCUACUAUGACGUGGUUGAAACACGAUUUAAAAGAACGUUUGAAAUACUUGCCAGAGUUAAUUAAGUCCAUUCGGUUAAGUCUAAUGUCGGUUGAUUAUUUGGAUAGUGCUGUUCAAGAAGAGGAUCUCAUUCAAUCUAAUAUUGAGUGUAUGCGUUACUUAUUGCAUGCCUAUAAAGUCCACCGGCAGAUAAAAACAAUGGAUAAUGAAACAGUAAUGACUUACAAUAUCGAACGUCGAAAAUUCAGCCAGGAAUCACAGUCAUUAAAAAAUAUUCUAGGAAAUGAAUAUUUUAAAGAUUUUUUGCUUAUAAUAGAUUCACCAGAAUUUAUGUCAUUCAAAUUUGAACAGAUAAUGGAACUAAUUAAAAGUGAUGAUUUAUGUGCUGAAGAAUUACAAGUUUUUAAAGCCACUAUUUCAUGGGUAAAAUAUGAUGUGAAAAAUCGUUCUGAAUUAUUUCCUAAGUUAUUCCUCUCAAUUCGCUUAUCAUUAAUAAAAGUUAAAGACUUGAUCGAAAUCGUUGAAGAUGAAAAGCUAGUUUCUUCAAAUUCAAUAUGUAUGGACUUUUUACUCAAGACUUACAGAAUGCUUGCACUUGAUACAAAUGCAUUAAUGAACAUAUCAAAAUCUAGUGGAUUUAAUAUUUUAAAUUAUAGAAAUCAUAACUUGAAACAAGCCCUAGUAUUAUAUAGGAAAUCUGGUUAUUCAAAAAUUGAGUGGUUUGACAAUACUAACAACGCUUUUUAUGAAUGUUCAUUAACUUGGUACUCUGACAAUACUACAUCAAAUUUAAUAUUAAAAGAUGGUAGAAUCUUUAGUAUAAGUCGAUGUGAUGGUGUUAAUUCCGUACAAUUAUAUGAUGGAAAUUAUAAUACAUGGAAGUCUAUAAGUACUCCUAAUUUUGUUCAUCAUUAUUCAAAUAUUAUACAAUUUUAUGACCAAGUGUAUGUAAUGUCUUCCAGUGGUGUUGAGUAUUACGAUAUUCUAAGUGGAGAAUGGCAAGAAGUUAAGCUUAAAAUAACGUUUGAAACUGAACAUUUGAAACUUGCUGUAGUUUCCGAUUUAAUUUAUGGAGUUUGCAGAAGCGGAACGAAAGCUUUUUGUUAUAAUCCAAAAACUGACUUUGGUCAAAUAAUUGGUUCUUUGAGUACUGAUAAUAUACAUGAAGUAUAUUCAAUUUGUUCAUUUAAUAACCAAUUGCAUCUAAUUGGUUGCAACAGAGACGGAUUUACACAAUUGCCGCCCCUAGGCAAUUUUUUUUUUUGCCGCCCCAUUAAACUUAUCAACGAGAAAACGAAUUUUUAA